UCACGCUGUGUGUGUUUGAUCUCACCUGAAACAUGAGGACAAGGCAGGAUGGGUGUCGUACGGUAGGUGGGCUCCGGCUGAGUAGCCCCACCCACAGUUUCUCAGCCAGGUGUGCAGGCUGCAGACGUGGUGAGCUGUUGACGCAUCAACAUGGACUCUGAGGGCAGGAGAGUGGUGGUCUGCGACAACGGGACAGGGUUUGUCAAGUGUGGCUUUGCUGGAUCCAACUUCCCAGACCACAUCUUUCCAGCCAUGGUGGGUCGCCCGGUCAUCCGUUCCACCACCAAAGUGGGCAACAUCGAGAUCAAAGACCUGAUGGUGGGUGAGGAAGCUAGCGAGUGCCGUUCGCUGCUUGAGGUGUCCUACCCCAUGGAGAAUGGGAUGGUGCGCUGCUGGGAUGACAUGCUCCACCUGUGGGACCACACCUUCGGUCCAGAGCGACUGGAUAUUGAACCGUCUCAAUGCAAGAUUCUGCUGACGGAACCGCCCAUGAACCCAACCAAAAACCGUGAGAAGAUCGCUGAGGUCAUGUUUGAGAAGUACCAGUUCCACGGCAUCUACGUGGCCAUCCAGGCCGUGCUCACGCUCUACGCUCAAGGUCUUCUAACAGGGGUGGUCGUGGACUCAGGGGAUGGAGUUACUCAUAUCUGUCCGGUGUACGAAGGCUUCUCCUUGCCGCACCUGACCCGUAGGCUGGACAUCGCCGGGCGUGACAUCACCCGUUACCUCAUCAAGUUGUUGCUGCUGCGCGGCUACGCCUUCAACCACUCGGCCGACUUCGAGACAGUGCGCAUGCUGAAGGAGAAGCUGUGCUACGUAGGGUACAACGUGGAGCAGGAGCAGCGCCUCGCUACAGAAACCACCUACCUGGUGGAGUCCUACACGCUCCCUGACGGCCGGCAGGUAAUGGUAGGAGGUGAGAGGUUUGGCGCCCCGGAAGCACUCUUCCAGCCUCACCUGAUCAACGUGGAGGGAGCGGGCGUGGCCGAGCUUCUCUUCAACACCAUCCAGGCUGCUGACAUUGACCUCAGGGCCGACUUCUAUAAACACAUUGUCCUGUCCGGGGGGAGCACCAUGUACCCCGGCCUCCCUUCCAGACUGGAGCGGGAGAUCAAGCAGCUCUACCUAGAGAGAGUUCUGGACGGAGACACGCAAAAGUUGGCCAAGUUUAAGAUUCGCAUCGAGGACCCCCCACGCCGCAAACACAUGGUGUUCCUGGGUGGUGCCGUGCUUGCCAACAUCAUGAAGGACAAGGACUCCUUCUGGCUGAGCAGGGCCGAGUACCUGGAGAGCGGCCUUGGCGUGCUGCAAAAACUGGGAGGCGGAGUCAGAUAAAGCCAUGCCCAUAUUGUCAUAAGCAACACAGUGAUCUGUUUUUGUCUCUUUUAUCUUUUGUAAGUUUUUUUAAGGUUUAAAAGCAAGGUGCUUUUAAAUAAAGUUUAUAAAGUGUAAAAAAAUGUUUCCAUUGCACCAAUAAAUAUU